AUGCCGUUGCCGCUGGAGGCUGGCUGCCUCGUGCGAGUUCGCGGGGACGUGGCCGUCCCGAAGUACGGCUGGGGAAACAUCGACCACGACUGCUUGGGAGUGGUGAAGAGCGUGCAGAACGAGGAUGUGCUCGUCUUGUUCGACAAGUCCGUGCGGGCCAGGACUUGGCACGGGAUGAAGAGCGAGAUGGAGAGGGUGUCCCUUGACACGGCGGGAUCGAGCAACAACAUGCACCCUGAGCUCCGGGUCCAGGCUUCUUACGACGUGAGGGGCGGCAUAUUGGGGGACAAGAUUGGCUUCGGGAAGACGGCCACGACCAUCGGCCUGAUCGAUGCCACGUCCGCGUCUCCCCUGCCAGCGGUCCCGGCGAUCGAUAGGGGCAGGUUCAUCCCCGCGAAGGGCACGUUAGUGAUCGUGCCCUCCAACCUCUUCGAGCAGUGGCUGACCGAGAUCUCCAAAUUCACGUGGGAUGGCCAGAACCUGAAGAAGAGGAUGUCCAGGGGCUGGUCUCCUGCCGGCUGCCCCCUGCGGGUCUUCGCCGCUUGCGACGUGCGCGCCGUCGCCGCGGCGAAGGCUUCGUCGCUGGCGGAGGCCGACGUCGUGCUCUGCUCCUACCGGCUGCUGCACUCGCAGGUUUACUUGAACAGGCAGAGAGAGCUUGUGAAUUGCUGCGCAGAACUGGGAGCGGUCACGGGGUUAUCGGCGUUGCACAAGCUGGAGCUGGUCACCGAGUCGCUCAUGCAGGGUCACGGCCAAUUUCAUGUGCCCAGCGGCAAAGCCGUUCGUGAAGACCGGCGCUACGAGUCCACAUGGCAAGAGCUGAGGUUCCCCCUCCUGGAGAUGUUCUACUGGCGCAGAGUGGUCUUCGAUGAGUUCCACGAGCUGGAGAGCUUCGAGAGCGCCCAGCAGAACAUCCUGCAGCACCUCCGGUCGCACUUCCGGUGGGGCCUCACCGGCACUCCUCCCGUGGACACCACUGCGGGUGCCAUCUUCAUGUCCUCCCUGUUCCGAGUCGACAUCAUAGGCGGAGGCCCGCGUUGGCUGAAGAAUCCGACGCGCCCAAACUUGGGGGAGUUCGAGACCGACUGCCUCGUCACGUCGCACGCGGAGAGCUUCGUGGGGCACUACGUGCGCCAGAACGUCGCGGACCUGCCCCACAUCCGCGUAGAGCACAGCACCGUGCUCGUGACGCACUCGGCCGAGGAGCGGGCCGUGUACCUGGGGCAACUCCACGACUCGCCCGCGCGGUCCGACGAGAGCCUCUCCUCCCCGGACGGCAGGGUGAAGGACUCGGCGUUCGAGGCCCUCGAGAGGCUGCUCAAGCUGUGCUCCCACUUCCAGCCCGGGGGCGAGACCAGCUCGGACGCCAAGGAGGAGGGCAGCCGGCUGGGCCAGAAGCGCGUGAAGCGGGUCGCCGCCGCGAGGGGUCGCGUGGAGCGCGGGUGCCGCAUCCUCCGGCUGCUCAGCGUCAAGGCCGACGCCCUGGGCCGGCAGCCGCCGCCGGGGCCCGGGGCGGAGGCGGUGGCCCGCCUCGUGCAGACGGCGGGCGGCUGGCAGCAGAGCGUCACGGCCGCCGCGCAGGCGCUCCGCGCGCAGGGCGAGGGCGAAGCGGGGGCGAGCGUCACCGCGGCGAAGGAGCUGCAGGAGGUGAUCACGGGCCUCGGCGGCGAGGACGAGGAGCAGCUCCUGAAGGCGAUGGACGGGGUCCGACCGGCGAGCGGGGCGCUGCUGGCGCAGCUGGGGCCGCAAGAGCCGCGCCGCGGGUACACGCGGGAAUGA